AUGGACCCGGGCAGCGCUGCGGGGAGAGCCGGGGCUGCCUCCGCAUCCCGGGGCGCCUGGAGACCUUUCCCCUCCUCCUGCUGCUGCUGCUUCUCCUCGCUUCUGGAUGUGAACAGCUGGCUGCUCUUCUACGGCUUCUUGUACCUGGCUCUCUAUGCCCAGGUGUCCCAGUCCAAGUCCUGCGACAAAAUCUCCUGCUUCUCGGGUCAUUGUGUCAACUCCACCUGUGUCUGCGACCAGGGCUGGGUGGGAGACCAGUGCCAACAUUGCCAGGGAAGGUUCAAGUUAACAGAACCUUCUGGAUAUUUAACAGAUGGGCCAAUAAAUUAUAAAUAUAAAACUAAAUGUACAUGGUUAAUUGAAGGAUACCCAAAUGCAAUACUAAGAUUAAGGUUUAAUCACUUUGCCACAGAAUGUAGUUGGGACCAUAUGUAUGUAUAUGAUGGAGAUUCAAUAUAUGCACCUUUAAUAGCUGUAUUUAGUGGUCUAAUAGUCCCUGAAGUGCGUGGAAAUGAAACUGUUCCUGAAGUAGUUACUACAUCUGGCUAUGCAUUACUACACUUUUUUAGUGAUGCUGCUUAUAACCUAACUGGAUUUAACAUUUUUUAUUCGAUUAAUUCCUGUCCUAAUAACUGCUCAGAACAUGGGAAGUGUACAACCAGUGUGUCAGCACCAAGCCGGGUAUACUGUGAGUGUGACAAGUACUGGAAAGGAGAAGCCUGUGAUAUUCCAUAUUGCAAAGCCAACUGUGGCAGCCCAGACCAUGGGUACUGUGAUUUGACAGGGGAGAAGCUGUGUGUUUGCAAUGACAGCUGGCAAGGUCCAGAUUGUUCUCUGAACGUCCCUUCCACUGAGUCUUACUGGAUUCUACCAAAUGUGAAGCCAUUCAGCCCUUCUGUGGGAAGAGCCUCCCAUAAGGCAGUCCUGCAUGGGAAGUUUAUGUGGGUGAUUGGUGGAUACACUUUUAACUACAGUUCAUUCCAAAUGGUGUUAAACUACAAUUUGGAAAGCAGUAUUUGGAACGUAGUACCUGUAUCCAAAGGGCCACUCCAGAGAUAUGGACACACUCUUGCUUUAUAUCAGGAAGACAUCUACAUGUAUGGAGGCAAAAUUGAAACAAAUAAUGGCAACGUUACUGAUGAGCUGUGGAUUUUCAACAUACACAGUCAAACAUGGAGUCCCAGGACUCCUGCAGUCCUUGUGCAUGGGCAGCAGUAUGCUGUGGAAGGUCAUUCAGCACACAUAGUAGAGCUGGACAGCAGAGAUGUGGUUAUGAUAAUAAUCUUUGGAUAUUCGGCCAUUUAUGGUUACACAAGCAUUGUGCAAGAAUACUACAUCAGGUCUAAUUCUUGGCUUGUACCAGAAACAAAAGGAGCAAUUGUGCAAGGGGGAUAUGGCCAUACUAGUGUCUAUGAUGAACUGACAAAAUCUGUUUAUGUCCAUGGUGGAUACAAAGCAUUACCUGGCAAUAAAUAUGGAUUGGUGGAUGAUCUUUACAGAUAUGAGGUUAAUACUCGGACGUGGACUAUUUUGAAAGAGAGUGGUUUUGCAAGGUAUCUUCAUUCAGCUGUCUUGAUCAACGGGGCGAUGCUGAUCUUCGGUGGCAACACUCAUAAUGAUACUUCCCUCAGUAAUGGUGCAAAGUGCUUUUCUGCCGACUUUCUUGCAUAUGAUAUAGCUUGUGAUGAAUGGAAGAUUUUGCCAAAACCUAAUCUACAUCGAGAUGUCAACAGAUUUGGUCACACUGCUGUUGUCAGUAAUGGGUCCAUGUAUAUAUUUGGGGGUUUUUCAAGUGUUCUUUUGAAUGACAUCCUUGUGUACAAGCCUCCAAACUGUGAAGCAUUCAGAGAUGAAGAGCUGUGUAAAAAUGCACGUCCAGGCAUAAGGUGUCUGUGGAACAAGAAACAUUGUGAAUCCUGGGAAUCUGGACAUGCUAAUAACAUCCUUAGAGCAAAGUGUCCUGAGAAAACAGCUGCUGCAGAUGACAGAUGUUACCGGUACGCAGACUGUGCCAGCUGUACUGCCAACACAAACGGCUGCCAGUGGUGUGAUGACAAGAAGUGCAUUUCAGCAAAUAGUAACUGUAGCAUGUCGGUUAAAAACUACACCAAAUGUCAUGUGAGGAAUGAACAGAUCUGCAAUAAACUGACCAGCUGCAAAAGCUGCUCGCUACACCUGAACUGCCAGUGGGACCAGAGGCAGCAGGAGUGCCAGGCACUACCUGCUCAUCUGUGUGGGGAAGGAUGGAGUCAUAUUGGUGAUGCCUGCCUCCGCAUAAAUUCUAGUCGUGAAAGUUAUGACAAUGCCAAGUUGUAUUGCUACAACCUGAGUGGGAAUCUUGCCUCAUUAACAACCUCAAAAGAAGUGGAAUUUGUUCUGGAUGAAAUACAGAAGUAUACACUUCAGAAAAUAUCACCUUGGGUAGGUUUACGCAAGAUCAACAUCUCCUACUGGGGAUGGGAUGACAUGUCUCCUUUUACAAAUACAACUCUGCAGUGGCUUCCUGGAGAGCCGAAUGACUCUGGCUUCUGUGCAUACCUGGAAAGAGCAGAGGUGGCAGGUCUGAAAGCAAAUCCAUGCACUGCAAUGGCUGAUGGUCUUGUAUGUGAAAAACCUGUUGUUAGUCCCAACCAGAAUGCCAGACCCUGCAAAAAGCCAUGUUCCCUGCGAACAACGUGUUCCAACUGCACAAGUAAUGGUAUGGAAUGCAUGUGGUGUAGCAGCACUAAACGCUGCGUUGACUCCAAUGCCUACAUCAUCUCCUUCCCAUAUGGACAGUGUCUAGAAUGGCAAACUGCCACGUGCUCCCCUCAAAACUGCUCUGGACUGAGGACCUGUGGACAGUGUUUGGAACAGCCUGGGUGUGGAUGGUGUAAUGAUCCCAGUAACACUGGAAAAGGACAAUGUUUGGAAGGAUCAUCAAGAGGCCCAAUGAAGCCUGUUGCCAUGCACUCUAAUGAAAUGGUGCUUGAUGCUACUCUUUGUCCAAAAGAGAAAAAUUAUGAAUGGUCUUUUAUCCAGUGUCCAGCUUGCCAGUGUAAUGGCCACAGCACCUGCAUCAACAGUAAUGUCUGUGAUCAAUGUAAAAACUUAACAACAGGAAAACAAUGUGAAACGUGCAUGCCAGGAUAUUAUGGGGAUCCCACAAAUGGAGGACAGUGUACAGCUUGCACAUGCAGUGGACAUGCAAAUAUUUGCCACAUGCAAACAGGAAAAUGUUUCUGCACAACUAAGGGAAUCAAAGGAGACCAGUGUCAACUCUGUGACUCUGAAAAUAGGUAUCUUGGAAAUCCUCUGAGGGGAACAUGUUACUACAGCCUUUUGAUUGAUUACCAGUUCACCUUCAGCUUGUUACAAGAGGAUGAUCGCCAUCACACUGCCAUAAACUUCAUAGCAAAUCCAGAACAGUCAAAUAAAAAUUUGGAUAUAUCAAUUAAUGCAUCAAACAACUUCAACCUCAAUAUUACAUGGUCUGUUGGUUCUACAGCUGGAACAAUAUCUGGAGAAGAGAUUCCUGUUGUUUCUAAGGCAAACAUUAAGGAAUACAGGGAUAGCUUUUCCUGUGAAAAAUUCAACUUUCGGAGCAACCCAAACAUCACUUUCUACGUCUAUGUCAGCAAUUUCUCCUGGCCAAUCAAAAUACAGAUUGCCUUCUCACAGCACAACACUAUCAUGGAUCUGGUGCAGUUCUUUGUCACCUUCUUCAGUUGUUUCUUAUCCUUACUGCUGGUAGCUGCUGUCGUUUGGAAAAUCAAACAAACCUGUUGGGCUUCUCGACGGAGAGAGCAACUUAUGCGGGAGCGACAGCAGAUGGCCAGCCGCCCCUUUGCUUCUGUCGAUGUAGCACUGGAAGUAGGAGCUGAGCAAACAGACUUUCUACGAGGGCCAUUAGAGGGUGCUCCUAAACCGAUUGCCAUUGAGCCAUGUUCAGGAAACAGAGCCGCAGUCCUCACUGUAUUUUUAUGUCUGCCCAGAGGAUCAUCAGGAGUACCACCCCCUGGUCAGUCAGGUCUUGCAAUUGCAAGUGCACUGAUAGACAUUUCACAACAGAAGCCUGCGGACUGUAAAGAUAAGAGUUCAGGAGUCAGAAAUCGAAAACAUCAUCUUUCAACACGUCAAGGAACUUGUGUCUGA